GACUCCAUCGUCGCCAGCACGACUCAUCAUGAAGCCUUAUUUUGGCAUGAAAGGACUAUGGCUGACCUUUUGGGUCACCGUUGCCUGUGCUACUGACAUGACCCUCUUCGGCUACGAUCAGGGUGUCUUCAGCGGCGUCAUCAUCACCGACGACUUCCUCGACACUCAUGGCCUGCAGGGCAAGACUUCGCUGAUCUCGACCGUCACCGCCAUCUACGACAUUGGAUGUUUCCUCGGCGCCAUCAGCGUCAUGUUCCUGGGCGAGCCGCUCGGUCGCAAGAACACCAUCUUGCUGGGCACCACCAUCAUGAGCAUUGGUGCCAUUUUGCAGAUUGCCUCCUACAGCGUGCCUCAGAUGAUUGUCGGUCGGAUCGUCGCGGGUAUCGGUAAUGGCAUCAACACCUCCACCGCUCCCGUGUGGCAGGGCGAGACCUCAAAGGCGAGCUGGCGCGGCAAGUUGAUCGUCAUCGAGAUGAUUAUGAACAUUGCCGGCUUUUCGCUGUCAAACUGGAUCAACUACGGCUUCUCGUUCCUUGACGGGCCAAUUGCAUGGCGCUUCCCGCUCGCCUUCCAGUUUGUCUUCAUCUUCAUUCUCUUUGCUACCGUGCCGUGGCUGCCAGAGUCGCCUCGAUGGCUCAUGGCCAAGGAUCGCGUUGACGAGGCUGACCAAAUUCUCGCUGAUCUGGAAGGCUCCGAGAUUGACGAUCCGUACGUCGUCACGCAGUCCAAGGAGAUCAAGUGGGCCAUUAACUACGAGCGCGAAAACACCGUCUCGUGGAUGAACCUGCUCAAGGGCAACACCAAAGGCGGCUCCUGUACCGUCCGCAGACUCAUCCUCGGCAUGGGCACCCAGUUCAUGCAGCAAUUCUCCGGCAUCAACGUUACAUCAUACUACCUCCCUACCGUGCUCAUCGAGUCCGUCGGCCUGGAAGAAAGUCUCGCGCGUCUGCUCACCGCCUGCAACUCCGUCUCUUACCUCCUCUUCUCCUUCAUCGGCAUCCCCAACGUCGAGCGCUGGGGCCGCCGCAAGAUGAUGAUGUACUGCGCCACCGGCCAAUUCGUCUGCUACGCCGUCAUCACCAUCUGCAUCCGCUACAACGAAAUGGAGUCGCUCGCCGCGGCCACCCGUGAGCGCUGGGCCGAGGCCUCAAUCGCCUUCUUCUUCCUCUUCUACGUCUUCUUCGGCAUCGGCUGGCAGGGCGUGCCCUGGCUCUACCCAUCCGAGAUCAACUCGAUCAGCAUGCGCACCAAGGGCGCCGCCCUCGGCACCGCCACAAACUGGAUCUGCAACUUCAUCGUCGUCGAAAUCACCCCGCCGGGCAUCGAGUCCCUCGGCUGGAAAUUCUACAUCAUCUGGACCGUCUUCAACUUCGCCUUUGUGCCCACCAUCUACCUCUUCUACCCCGAGACCGCCGACCGCACGCUCGAGGACGUGGACCGCUACUUCCGCGAGAAUAAGAAUCUGUUUGUGUGCACGGAUCCCGUGGCGAUUAGCAGUAAGCGGCCGCCCGAGUACCAGGAGGAUGAGAAUAGGGAGGUGCGCAGGAACUCGAGUGUGCGCCAGGAUGGGAUCAUGGCGGCGCAGAUGGCGGCCGAGGCGCGGUUUGAGAAGGAUGCGGGUCGGGCGGAGCGUUUGGAUCGGGUUGGGAGUGCGGGGCAGAGUGGAAGUGGGACGAGUAAGGAGAAGAGCUCGCUUGGGGAUGCGGCGGUGUAGGUGUUUUUGUGUUGUUUACGGAGGGGGAUGGGUGGUAGGGAGAUGCUGUGGCAUGAUGCAUGCAUGUCUCGUGGUUGAUGGGUGAGCAGGAGUGCGGAUGGAAAAUAUGAUUAUAGAUACCCAUACAAUACAUGACACUGUUUGACA